UCUGGAGACUAGCUGCCAACUUGCAGUUGAGGAGACAGAAUAAGAAACAUUGGAACAAAAAAUAUGGUCAUCUGUCUUAACAAUAGCUGAAAUGCAGCACUUGAUACAGAAUUAACAAAGGGAAUUUCUAAGUGGAUUUACGGGACUUUUCUUACUUUUUUUAAUUUUUUUUUUAUUUUACUAAUGUUUUCUUUCCGGUCACAGCUGUGAUAAAAACUGUUCUUAUUUUCUUUUUUCGUGAUUUUUUGUUUUGUUUGUUUUAAUUGUCCAACCUUCUGUCUAAAUCAAAGGACUGAUCUGCCCUCCGUGGCGGAAAGUGUACGUACAAAACUUGUAAAAAUAUAAGCCUCCCGUAUGUUAUUUUUGAAAGGAGAUGUGAUCUCUUUGCUCAUUUCGUUCGAGAUUUAAAUAUUGAUCGGCACAUCUGGAACAUGGAUCAGCUAUCAAUAACAAGUGGAUUCCCAUUUUUUUCUUAAAAAGCAAAGUAUUCUUCAUACGUGCUCCUUACGGAUGGUCCUAGAAUAAAACUAAAACGGUAAAAGAAGUCUCAGGACCUGGAUACAGAUAGGUCGCCAACAAAUAAUUUUUUUUAAAAAAAAUGAUAGUUUGCACUGGACACCAAUAGAAUGGAAGUGUCACAUCACACAGUUCAUGGGUUGAAGUUUUAUUGAUCACCGUAAGUAAAAGUUAUAUAUCCCUAUGGGUUCCUGGACUGGAAGGUGUGGAUUAAUAAGCUGCUUUGAUACUUCAAGUCUAAAGGAUUCAUAGAUGACUGAGUUUUAAUUACACUGGUUGGACUUUCGAGGAAGUCAAUAGGAGAAAAUUUGUUUUCAACCUGUCUUGUUAAGUGUAAGAAGACCUGGCGGGAUUAAGUAGAUUUAUGCUAUAUUCUUGACCCCUUGGUCUUGACAAGCCCUUAUCUACACUGAAGGAUCACUUUCCACUUGCUUAAUCCUUCUCAGCAUCUUCUAGAGGUACUUGGAGCCUUCUUCAGUAUAGCUUUUAAAACACUAAAGGAUAGAUUCCUCAGAACAUGAUGAAGUGUUGGAUAUCGCUUCUCGUGGCCACAGUUCUGUGCCAGCAACUUACUGUCUUCAGAGUAUUGGCAAACAAGAAAGAACGCAAGAAGGCAAAAGACGCUCAUCAGUUCACUGAACCCUUUAAUGUCACUUUAUCCAACAGCGAAGAGUUUGAUGAACUUGAAAAGCUUUCAGAAUCUCCUGAUCCUGAAAUUGCAGACCCUCGUAAAACCUGGAUGAGGUUCAUACACAGAACGGAGGAUGGGGCAAACGCCAAAAAGAAAUGUAAAGGAAAGGACAAAAAAUUACGUGGUCUGUCUGGGCCACCAGGUCCACCAGGUCCUCAAGGGCCUCCUGGACCUCCUGGAAUGCCGGGAGCAGAAGUUACCCAUGAGGUCUUGCUGCAAGAGUUCAAACAAAUGUUAAAAGAGGCUACAGAACGACGAUUAUCGGCAGGUGAUAUUCCAGAAGAUGCCAGUGAGAUCCCACCCGUAGUCCUUCCAGUCGAGGACCUCACACCAUACAGACGGGUGGAUGAAGCCUUCCAUUGCAGACUGAAGGGACCAGUUAUUGUGGACAAGAAGACAUUGGUGGAGCUUCAGAACUUCCAGACGCCAACAUCUAAAGGCUCUUUCUUGCGAGGUUCUGGAUUGAAUUUGGCAACAGGUCGCUUCACGGCUUCCAUACCUGGGAUUUACCAGUUUUCUGCUCAUGUCCAUAUCGAUCAUAGUGAGAUGAAGAGCAAAGGGCAACUGCGACCUCGAGAUAAUGUGCGUGUUCUGAUAUGCAUUGAGUCCCUGUGUCACCGAUAUACGUCCCUGGAAGUCAUUGCUGGAAUGGAGAGCAACAGCAAAAUAUUCACUGUCCAUGUUCAGGGCUUGUUACAACUGCAGUCUGGACAAUACACAUCUAUAUUUGUGGACAACAGUGCUGGGGCACCAAUCACUGUUCAAAAUGGGUCUGAUUUUAUGGGCAUUCUGAUGGGGAUUUAACCAAAACCCCUGGAGAACAAGUUCUUCCUUCAACAUCAAACCAUCAUGAUACUGACACAGGGUUGUGCAUCUACAAUGGACAAACAUUCCAUUUUGCUGAUCAUCUGGGAUCUGUUGCUGUAUAACUGCUUGCCACCUUCAUCACUUGGAGAGACAUUAUGCAAGCCCCUAUCUUCAUUCAUUGCCUCUGCUGCUUGUAAGCUACAAACUGCCGAGAGGUCUGCAAUACAUCGAAAUGGUAUUAUUAAGCAAUGCAUUGCAGAACUCCGUUUAAUAUUUCCAUAUCAGACUCCGUAAAGAAAAUACCAUCAAUUAGGACAAGUUAUCCUUUUUUGUAUAUGUAUUUUUGCUCCUUGAUUUAGAAAAAGAAAGAAGGAUGUAGAGCCUCAGCAGAGAUGUUCUCGUUGUUGAAAGCUGUAUGUGGAUCUCUUCUACAAUGGACACUUUGUUUCUAUAAUUGAGUUCCGAGGGCAUUUGGAGCCAGUUUUGUGUGGUCUGGUUAAUGAGGGACUCAAGAAGAACAUCAAGCAACCUGACCGAAAAAGGAGUUACUGCUGUUGGCUCCAAAAUGGACACUUGUAUUUGUGCCUCAGAUUGUACCCUCUUCUGAUCACCUAUGUUGUUCUAUAUUGUUUUAUUCUAUAAGAUACUGCAUAAUAUGGCUGUUUGCUAAUAAACAGUCUUUUAACCAUCAUCAAUUUUGGUGCCAAAGGUUCAGAUUUAUAUACAACGGGCUUAGGAGGAGAGACUAGUGAGUCUGCAUGAAAAAUGUGCACAUUUAAAAGAAGUCUUCAAACUUUUGAGCACUUUGCAUAAGUUUAUUGUUCCAGAGUUGCAAAAAUCACCUUAGCUCUGUUUUCACCCCACCUGCAUGCUGUGAUGUAACACUCGAUGCCCCUAUAAGACCGAAUACAUAAAGAUCACAGGCUCUUUAUAAAAACAUCUUUAGCAACUGUGCAGAUGAAUGGCUGAAAGUAAAUUCAGUCUUGAAUGAAGCUGAUUGGAAAGCUAUCAGAGGCCAAAGACAUACCCUUUCAAGAAUGAAUAUAAUUGACUCUGCUGAACUACAUUUCCCAUAUACUCUAGCAAUGUGGGAGUUUGUGGAAUAUGCAAACAAUGGGACUAUGAGAACAGUAAUAUCAUUC